AUGGCUCAGUCGGCGCAGACGCCUGAAUCUCUUUCGUUCCUGCAGGAACGCUUGACCGAGAAGCCAUUCUCCCUGCAGUCUACCGCCACGGUCAACGAUUCGUGGACCAUGGAUGGCAAUCUGGCUGCGCCACGCGGUGUGCGGCCGAUGGACAUCUAUGGCGAUCUGACCAUGGAUAAUGCGGGGCCAAACAGUGAGCCACAGCUCGAGGCGACUCUUAUAUCGACGCUUCGCGAUGCGUCAUCUCCUGAGAUCGACACUGACAUCAGCCGUACGUCGUCCACUUCGACGAAGGGCUCAAGCACUGAGUCGGCUCCUGUUUGGAGCUCCAAGUCGAGCUCGCAAUAUAGCGAGGCACCUGCCGAGCCGGCAGCGAACGAACCCGGUCUUGCGCCUAGCGCUGAAAUCGCGACGAGUGCCAAGGAGCACAGCCACGCGGCCAGUGCUGAGGAGGCGAAAUCGGAGGAUGAGGACAAGGCGUCGCGCUUGCAAGUCAAGCGGCUGCAUUCGAUCCUCGAGCUACUCGACACGGAGCGUAACUAUACGGAGGACCUUGACAUGCUGGUCAACGUAUUCUUUGCGCAGUUGCGUACCCUUCCCUACUUCAUGGAAAAUGGCCAGCGUCUUCGCACGGUCGUGCGCAAUGCAGACGAGCUAAUGGCUCUUCACCGCGAUCUGACGACGCGUCUCACUGAUAUUGUCGAGCGUGCUAUGAAGGCGGAUGCCCCGAGCGAUGCCGCGGACCGUGCAGUGGUCGAGUGUGCCAACACCAUUACGGCACUUGCGCCACGCUUCGUGGUAUACAACGAGUUUUGUGCUCGUCAAAAAGAAUCUCUCGCGCAUAUUGACGCGGUAGAACACCGCGCGGGUGAGUGGGAGCUGUUUAAGCAGCGUACCAACGAGGCUGCGCAGCGUUUCAUGGAGUCUUCCUCCGAGGAUGCGAGCCCAGCGAGCAGUACUUCGCCCUCUCCCCGUGCUGCGACCCAACGGCGCUUGCUCUUCCGGGACUUUUUCAUCAAGCCGAUCCAACGUGUGUGCUUGUACCCCAUUAUUUUGCAGACCGUCCAGAAAAACUCACCAGGCGUCGGUCAAGAGGAACUGGCACAGGCUAUUGAGCUCAUGCGGAACGUCGGUCUUGAUGUGGACCGGGCGAGCAAGCGGCGCGAGUCGGCGCUACUGACCGAGAUGAUCGGUGCGCGUCUUGAGUAUACGACAGCCUUCUCGCCUUCUCUCCUGACGUCUCUUGGUGAAUGUAAGAUGUCGGGCAAUCUCGACGUUUUGCACCACCACAGCCGGCUUGCACCCCUGGCAAAUCCUCUUCCGAUCAAGUACUAUGGUUGCUUUUUGUUUGCCGAUUUCUUGCUAAUGGUCAAGGUACGCCGCAACCACUCCUACACGGCACGGUACUGGUUCCCUCUGGCAGACGCACGUCUAGAGCGUACGGAGCCACACGAGAGCUACCUUCGCCAUGCCUUCCGACUCACGGUCCGUGGUCAUCACUUUGAGAUGAUUGCGUCGACCGCGAAGGAAUGUCACCUGUGGCUCAGUGCACUGGAGGAGCUCCUUGAACGUGGCCCAGCCAAGAUGCGUCGCCUAAACGGAGCCGAUGUACCUUUCCCUUGCAAUCUAAUCAGCGACGGGGCUGCACCCGAGGCCACGGAAGACCCCCUACGUGCCUUUUUCGCGCACCGCACCCUCAGCCCGGAUUCGCAGGCCGCCGGUCGUGGUCGCGCGACCCCUGCCACUCCUCAUGCCGAGAUCCUGCUCCGCCACAAGUCGCCGCCCCGCCGUGCGGCGAUCGACCGUGGCAUGCUGUUUUCGGACGCUUGCAUCUCGGCCCGCACCUCAGUCGACCAAGAUGGCAUGCUCUCGCAUACGACACUCGUCUCCCCUUCUACCCUGGGUUCCACGGUUGGCUCCAAAUUCAACCUUAGCCGCCUUUCCGGCAGCGAGACGCUCUCGCUCAAACUUCCCUCGCGUGCGAUCUCGGAGGAACCAACGGUGAAUGCCCCCCCCUCGAUGCAGAGUGAAGAUGCCAGUCCUCUGGAAUCGCCCAUGGCCACGGCUCCAUCAUCGCCUACGCUGCGCUCGGUGUCUUCGUUUGCCUUCCCCUCGGAGAAUGGCGAGCUGGGCGAAGGCGCCAGCCGUGGUUUCCGGCGCCGCAUGCGCGAUAGCUUUUCGCGCCGGAGCAGCGUGCAGCUGGACUUUGCCGAACUUGUUGCAGCACAAGAGCAAGCGCAGCAGGCGCAUGCCCUGAGCCGGCGCAGCUCGUUGACGGGGCUCAGCGGACGUUCAUCGGCCAUCGUUUCACCUAGCGCCAGCCAGCUUCACGUGAAUGAAGUGGGCCAGAUGUCCAAGGUGCAAGCCCCUCCCCUCACCAUCGAUACUUCGGAUGCGAUCAAGACACCGACGCCUACGACGGGCGCUGCUUCGCUGCGUGCUUCGCUGAGCUCGACACGCUCGAUGCGCGAGAAUGCCAAGGCGUUCUUCUCGCCGACGACGCAGCGCUUUCCGACGUCUCCGGAAGAAGACUCGGCAUCGCCCGCAGGUACGCUCAAGCGCAGCUCUUCGCUGAACUGGAGUGCACUGCGUGCUCGCAACUGGUCUACCGCAUCCCUCAAAGGCCUUGCCCCGCGCCGUGGCUCGAUGGAUCUGGACCAGGACCUGGGCAUGCCCGAGCCGCCGCGGUGCUCGUCGCGUGCCUCUCUUGCGGACACGUCGUGUCCUACUCCGUCGCUGUCGACGCAUGCCUCCUCGGAGGCAGUGUCUGCCCCGGCGUCGCGUGCGCCGAGUCCGAAGCGCAAGUUUGCAAUGCGUUUCUUGCAGCGCAACCGUAUCUCACCUAUGGCCCCUAUUGACCCGCAAUCAUCCGCAACAUGCGACCAACACUAA